AUGACUAAUUUAUUUCGAAUGCUUGCGCCGGUCAAGUGGUUUGAUUGGGUUGGUACGAAAAAAAACAAGAUUAAUAGUGACAAGCGAACUCAACUCACUGGUGAUCAAUUGCGGGCUCUUUAUUUUCGUGCUUGCUUUAUUGUGGUGCCUCUGGAUUGUAUUUCUGUCUGGUUCGCAAAUCGGACAGUUGAUCCGAUGGAACAGACUUUGACGUGGCAAUCAUUCAUGGUGGAAUAUGCUUACUUCAUCCCCAAAUCGCUAGUCUUUGAGGUUGUCUUUGAUUUGUUUCACUAUGCAACGCACUGGAUGUGCCAUCGAAUCUCUUGGCUUUAUGUGAACUCUCACAAACGCCACCAUAUUCAUCGUUUUCCGUGUCCAUUGUCAACGUAUGAGCAAGAUGGACUCGAUGUUUGCCUUACAAAUGUGCUUCCAUUCUGUCUCUCCUGGUUUUUGUGUUUUUUUUCCUUCUCGAAUCUCCAGCUGCAUCUACUGCUUGCCUACAAGUCAUACGUAGAAGUCGCUGGCCACUCUGGUUUGGAUGUCAAAGGCUUUUCCUUCCCACAAAUGCCACUACUUAACAACCUUACGAGUAUCUGCAGUCGAGUACAUGAUCACGAAGUUCAUCACACGUAUCCACGUUGGAAUUUUGCUAAACGCUUUUCAUUGUGGGACAAAGUCUUUUGUACGUUCCGUCCCGGUGAGUCUCAUAUAGAGUCAUCGAUUUAA